AUGGCAUCUGUACAGGACUCCAGGUUUGGACAGAAGGACACAUCGGAUCAGAACUUUGACUACAUGUUUAAAUUGCUUAUCAUCGGAAACAGCAGCGUCGGCAAAACUUCCUUCUUGUUUCGCUAUGCUGAUGACUCCUUCACGUCGGCUUUCGUGAGCACGGUGGGGAUUGAUUUCAAGGUUAAGACUGUCUUCAAAAAUGAAAAAAGGAUCAAGCUGCAAAUCUGGGACACAGCCGGACAGGAGAGAUACCGAACCAUUACUACAGCCUAUUACCGAGGUGCAAUGGGUUUUAUCUUAAUGUAUGACAUCACGAAUGAGGAAUCGUUCAAUGCAGUGCAGGACUGGUCAACGCAAAUCAAAACCUACUCAUGGGACAACGCGCAAGUGAUAUUGGUCGGUAAUAAAUGUGACAUGGAAGAUGAACGAGUGGUUUCGGCAGAGAGGGGGAAGCAUCUAGCAGAGCAACUGGGUUUUGAGUUUUUUGAAACAAGUGCUAAAGAUAACAUCAAUGUGAAGCAGACCUUCGAGCGCCUUGUGGAUAUCAUUUGUGACAAAAUGUCGGAGAACUUAGAGACGGAUCCAGCCGUCACAGCUUCAAAGCAGAGCUCAAGACUGACAGACAAGCCCCCUCCACAGCAGCCCAACUGUGGAUGUUAAUUUCACCAUCACGGCAUCUUCAGUAUGUUCUAUUGCCAAUAAGUAUUUAAGAAAAAAGUGGUCCGUACACUUCACAUUUCUACUGUCUAAUAUCUGCGUAGAAAGAAAAGAAAUAUGGCUUGUUUUGUAUGGUCAGCUGAUGAAUGGUGGCCUAGAGGCUAAGACCUAAUAAAUGUUCCUGCUGUUUGCAAGUUCCAUGGCUUUGUAUGCUCUGAUAAAUUUCAUGUUAUUCACUGUUCUUGUUGAGUUGAUACAUCUAUGACAUUUGCGCUUUUCUAAAACUAUUAUAUCCAGAGUGAAUGGCACUUUCUCCUGAAUGUUACGCUAGUGUCCUGUUCUCCUCGAGACUUUUGAUAUUUUAAUUUUAUAUGUAUAUUAUACUGGUAUAUGCUAAAGGAAUCCAAAUUAUAUUGUAUUUUAUUUCAUUACCAUUGAUGUACCUUUAAAUUGAAGAAGUCAGUAUCCAUAUUUGUUUCAAGGGUUGUAGUCUCCUUUCAUUACUGCCACUUUUAUGUGUGCCACAGAUUGAGGGAAGAUUCUGGUUAGCUAGCUCCCUUCUGGAAAUUUCUGGAAACAAGGUGUAAAAGACAG